AUGUCAAUUAAAGUGGCAAUCAUUGGCGCAGGCCCCGGUGGCCUAGUCGCUCUCAAGACUUUGCUCGAGUCCUCGACACCAGAACAGCGGAUCGAAGCUUGCCUAUUUGAAGCCGAGGCGGAUAUUGGUGGCACGUUCAAUUAUCGGUCUUAUCAGAAUGCAGAACUGGUCAGCAGUAAGCAGUUGACCACCUUCUCGGACCACCGCUUGCCGCUGGAUAGUCCAGACCAUAUUUCGCUUCCAGAAUAUGUGGAUUAUCUCCGGUCUUAUGUUGCCAAGUUCAAUCUGGACGCCCAUAUUAAGCUUAACAGCCCCGUCAUCCAGGUGGAGCGUCUACCAGAUGGCUCAGAGUGGAAACAUCGAGUCAGAUAUUUGAAUGGGACAGAUGCAGAGGAGAAGAAGGAAAGAUUUUACGACUGUUCUCACAUUGCAGUUUGCACAGGGCUACAUGUCGAGCCUAAUGUCCCGACUAUCCCGGGGAUUGAACACAUCAAGGGGGAUGUUUUCCAUUCAUCGCUUUACAAGGAUCGCUCCCAGGUGGCAGGCCGUAACGUCCUAAUCUUGGGAUGUGGUGAAACAGCUAUGGGUAAGUUGUUCCAAACUACUGAGACACCCUCAAUACUGAUACUCGAACCUGAAGACAUUGCCUAUGAAUCUAUCAAGGCCGACGCUAAAGCAGUCACAAUGUGUUUCCGAACUGGAUUCCUAUCCUUCCCCAAGUCACUCAGUCGCUUCCAGGUCUUUGGCAAGACCUUCAGUGGAGGUCUUCCCAUCGACGGUCUCAUCACCAAUCUAUUCGAGACCGCAUACGUACAUCGCGCAAUCGCCCACAGCAGACUACGCUGGUUCGUUUCCGACUUUGUCAUCAAGCGAGUACUGUGGUUCCUGACGGGGACACAGGCUGGCAUGAACCAGCAUGUCGGUGGUCUUCCGCAGGAGCGACUGGGUCGAGCGUUCGUGUUCCUCAACAAGAGUAACAAGGCGAUGCCGUACCUCAACCGGCCAUAUCAAACACACAACCCUAUUUUGGCUUGUAUUGGGAAUCGGUACAUUGAUCCACCAGAAGAUGCAAACUCCGAACGAGUCGUCGAUACUUGUACAUGGCCCGAGUAUAUCGAUGAAUCGGGCCAAGUCCAUUUCCAGGCUAAUCCCAAACGGAAGGACUGGCAGCGCUUGAAGAAUAGGGUCAUCAAGCCUGACUGUGUGGUAUACUGUAGUGGGUACAAGCAAACCUUCCCAUACCUUGACAGUACAUACCCCACGGCAUCCGACGCCCAAAUUCGAAACAUCAUCCAUCCCUCCCACCAGGAUAUCGCCUUCAUCGGUUUCGUCCGUCCAGGCGUCGGGGCUAUUCCCCCAAUCGCCGAACAACAAGCCAUGUGGUGGACAGCCCUUAUUACCGGGAAAAUGGCAAUGCCAACAGACCCUCCACACUACCACCUCCUAGCCGCCAAGACCUCACGCAUUCAAUACGGUGUCGACCACAGCGCAUACAUGAGCACUCUAGCUCGCGACUUUGGCGGUGCACCAGGACUGAUGGAGCUGUAUCGCGAGCAUGGGCUGCGUAUUUUGCUGAUCUAUUGCUUCGGUGCUUCGUUUGUCACUUUUUAUCGGUUACUUGGUCCCUUCAAGUCACCCGUUGCACCGGAGAUUGCACGAACGGAGUUGGCGGAGACGAUUCUUCGACGAGGUAUCAUUGGGAAUAUCUUUUUUGGAGUAAUUCCCAUGCUGUUUUAUGGAGUCGUUAAUGCGGUGGCCUUGGUACUGGAUAGAAUUGGGUUGAUUCCCUCCGAGGGGAAGGUGGUGGAUAGCUCAGCAUAG